AUAUACAUUAAACCUUUUAAAACAUCGUCUGACAGUUCCAUAAUGAUAAAUUUAGCUGUGAUUUAUUUGAGGACCAAAAUUUACAAGAUCGUGUAAAAGUAAAUUUUGUUAACAGAUCUUUAAAAGUAAAUCAGAUACAAAUAUUUUAAAGGUUUUUUUUCUAUGUUCAAGCCUGCUUGUAUUGUCGACUGUGUUGGCUGCCUGUUUAAAAAUAAUAGUAUUCCCUGAAAUUAGUGAAAACUAAGAAUAGUGAAAUAGGAAUACUGUUAUGGCUGCUAAAAAGAAGUCAGCGUUACCCAUAGAAGACAGUGAUCAAUUAGUAAUUAGGCCUUUGGGGGCCGGUCAGGAAGUUGGACGGUCUUGUUUGCUACUGGAAUUCAAAGGCAAGAAGAUUCUACUCGAUUGUGGAAUCCAUCCAGGGAUGAAUGGAUUAGAUGCACUACCAUAUUUUGACCUCAUCCAGGAUGAAUUACAGAAUGUCAAUUUGAUGUUGAUCAGUCAUUUCCAUCUUGAUCAUUGUGGGGCCCUGCCUUGGUUCUUACAGAAAACGCCAUUUAAAGGAAGGUGCUUUAUGACCCAUGCAACAAAAGCCAUCUACAGAUGGCUCCUCUCAGAUUAUGUCAAGGUCAGUAACAUAUCAGCUGACAAAAUGCUCUAUGUAGAAAAAGACAUAGAGGAAAGCAUGGACAAAAUAGAAACUGUGAACUUCCAUCAAGAAAUUGACAUCAGUGGCAUAAAGUUCUGGUGCUACAAUGCUGGGCACGUCCUAGGAGCCGCCAUGUUCAUGAUUGAAAUAGCCGGUGUCAAAGUAUUAUACACUGGGGAUUUCAGUAGGCAAGAGGAUAGGCAUUUAAUGGCUGCUGAACUGCCUAAUGUCAAACCAGAUGUCCUGAUUGUUGAGUCAACAUAUGGAACCCACAUCCAUGAGCCUAGGGAAGAGAGGGAACAAAGAUUCACUAACUUGAUUCACAAUAUUGUUUCUCGUGGUGGUAGAUGUCUCAUUCCAGUCUUUGCUCUUGGAAGAGCUCAAGAGCUUCUGUUGAUUCUAGACGAAUACUGGUCAGCCCACCCCGAGCUUCAAGAGGUUCCCAUCUAUUAUGCAUCAUCACUUGCAAAGAAAUGCAUGUCAGUCUAUCAAACAUACAUCCACGCCAUGAAUGAACGAAUUAAAAAGCAGAUUGCUGUUUCCAACCCUUUCAUAUUCAAGCACAUCUCCAACCUGAAGAAUGCCGACCACUUUGAGGACAUUGGGCCCUCUGUGGUCCUGGCAAGUCCCGGCAUGAUGCAGAGUGGCUUAUCAAGAGAGCUGUUUGAGUCCUGGUGUAAUGAUAAAAAAAAUGGAGUUAUUAUUGCCGGAUACUGUGUUGAAGGCACUCUAGCUAAACAUAUCUUAUCAGAACCUGAAGAAAUCGUCACAAUGAAUGGACAGAAGUUGCCUCUGAGAUGUUCUGUAGACUAUAUUUCGUUUUCAGCCCACACUGACUAUCAACAGACUAGUGAGUUUAUUAGGAUUCUGAAGCCAGCACACUGUGUCCUGGUUCAUGGCGAGCAAAACGAGAUGAGUCGACUGAAAGCUGCACUAAUUAGAGAGUAUGAAGAUUCUACUGAUUACAAAAUCAAUGUUCAUAAUCCAAGGAAUGGACAGGCUGUUGAGCUGCUAUUCAGAGGUGAGAAGCUGGCCAAAAUAGUAGGGCAGCUAGCUGUCCAGAAACCGAAACAAGAUGAAAAGAUAUCAGGUGUCCUGGUGAAGAAGAACUUCAACUACCACAUCAUGCAUCCCAGCGACAUUCCUAACUACACUGACCUCAUCACGUGCAACGUGCAACAGAGGCUUAGUGUCCCAUACAAUGGUAGCCUAGCCCAGCUACAGUAUCACCUUAAUAAGAUUGCCACAGACAUAGAAUUAAUAAAGAGAGAAGCUACAAUUUUAGUAUUUAAAUCCAUAUUAGUGACAUUAGAGAAAAAAAUGGCUGUCUUAGAAUGGACUUCGAGUAUGACCAACGAUAUGUUUGCAGACACUAUCAUCAUGGUCAUACUCAAGGCCGAGUCCGAUUCCGCUAUUCAGAAACUCGCAAUCGAGUGUACAGAAGCGGAUAUAGAGAGUAAAGAGAAUAAAUUUAGUAGGAAGGCGGUGCAAUUAAUGAUUGACAUGUUUGGGGAGGAGUGCAAACCGACUAUUGAACCUGAAGAAACACUAACCAUGACCGUCGACGACUGUCCGGUGAGUAUACAUCUGAAGACUUUAAACGUGAAAUGCUCAAAUGAUUUGUUGCAUCAGAUGAUAACGACAGCCGUAACUAAGUUGAAUCAUGUUUUAACUGCGUGUUGAGAUUUGCUGGGUUGAUUUCUCUUCUCAAAAACCGCGCUUCUAUAUUUAACGUUUUUAAAAAUUAUUCAUUAAUAAAUAGUCAACAACGUAUUUGGUUGUUUCGUAAUAAAAAAAAACAUCGUAUCUGC